AUGGGAAAUCAUACAAGGGUGGUAGUGUUUAUUCUAGCAGGUUUAACAAGUGACCCACAAAUGAAAAUUGUUUUAUUUAUCUUCCUACUACUCACCUACUUGCUAAGCAUCACUGGCAAUCUGAUUAUCAUCACACUCACCCUGCUAGAUACUCACCUGAAGACCCCCAUGCACUUUUUCCUUCGAAAUUUUUCCUUUUUAGAAAUUUCGUAUACUACUACAUGCAUCCCUAAAUUGCUGGUUAUGAUGGCAACAGGAGACAAAACCAUUUCCUAUAACAGUUGUGUGACUCAAGUGUUUUUUGCCUUUCUUCUUGGAGCGUCUGAAUUUUACUUACUGGCAGCAAUGUCCUAUGACCACUGUGUUGCCAUCUGUAAGCCCUUGCCUUACACAACCAUCAUGAACAAUAAAAUCUGCAUGAAACUUGUCCUCAGUUGUUGGUUUGCUCGAUUCUUUGUCAUCUUCCCACCACUCCUCUAUGGCCUAAACCUUGACUUCUGUGCCUCCAACGUUGUUGAUCAUUUCUAUUGCGACACCACUCCCCUCCUACAAAUCUCCUGCUUAGAUACAAAGUUAAUCGAGAUGAUGGGAUUCAUCUCAGCUGUGGUGACACUGGUGAUCACAUUGGUAAUGGUGAUAAUAUCAUAUACCUGUAUUGCCUUAACCAUUCUAAGAAUUCCCUCAGCUAGUCAUAGGAGAAAGGCUUUUUCAACGUGUUCCUCUCACAUGGUUGUGAUAUCCCUUUCUUACAGCAGCUCCAUCUUUAUGUAUGUUAAACCUUCAGUCAAACAAAGAAUAUCUUUUUCCAAAGUAAUUUCAGUGCUCAACACCUCUGUUGCUCCACUUUUGAAUCCUUUCAUUUAUACCUUAAGUAACCAACAAGUGAAGAAAGCCUUCAUGAAUAUGAUACACAGAGUUGUUUCUUUCUCAAAGAAAUGA